GGUGGGAUUGCAAGGACCGAGAAAGCUGGGGGAACCCACGCGUUCAGCCUCAGAGAAAGUACGCUUUUCCAAAAUAACUGACGGUGAAUAUUUUUUUUUCUUUUCACAUUUAUCAUUAACAGGCAGGGACUCUGUAGGAUUGUGUUCUCGGAGAAUAAGCUUUUUCCCCCCUGCCCUUUUCUUUUUUUUGUCACCAUUCUGCACGGCAGGCUGAGAGACGGACCGCUCGGACUGUGGGAGCCCUCCCCUCUGCUCGGAUCUGCUUUGUCUCCAGAUGGCCCAUGGAAGAACGUGGAUGAGGGCUGAGCUGUAGUGCGGGCAGAAGGCUCCGGGGCCUGCCUGUUGUCGGCUGGCGGAUUGGUCCAUUGAGGUGAGGCACCACUCUCACCGGGGCACAGAACGGACCGAGAAAAGGUCUUUGCUCCCCCUCCUCGCUCACCCCUGCCCCCUUUCCACCCUCACCCCCAACCCAGGCACGUACGCUCUGGACCAUGUCUAGCGGGCUGUCGGAGGGGAACCGGACAGAGGACCAGGAGCGGAGUAGCUGCAAACAGGACUCUCCUGUUAUAGAGCGCAGGAACCGCAGUGGCAUCAUCAGUGAGCCCCUCAGUAAGAGCCUUAAGAACUCCCGUACCCUCUCCCAGUAUACAGCAGUCUCCUCUGCCACCACCAAUGGACACACAGGCAAUAGUGAAACUAAGAGCCACUCGGCCAAGCCUCAGCUACCCCCGCAACCCCAGCCCACUGUCUCAGCACUGACAGCAGCCAAGUUGGACCGGACCCUAGAACAGGUUCUGGAGGGACAGAAUGGCCUGCUGCACUUUGCCCAGGCAGCAGCACUGUUAAAGCGGGCCGGUAUGGAGCACAUGCUCCUGCCUGGGGGCAUGGGAGUGGGAGUUGGCGGUGGAGAUGCAGGCUCGGGGGCUAGCGACUUGGAGGGUACGUCUGUCACGGAUGCCGUAGGUGGUCCUGUUGACUUCCCAUAUGGAAUAGGGGGUGGUUUCCCCUUCAACCCGGGGCUUUUCAUCAUGACGCCGGCUGGAGUGUUUCUGGCGGACAGCGCGCUACACAUGGCCGGCCUGGCCGAGUACCCGGCGCAGAGCGAGCUGGCCUCUGCUAUCAACUCCGGUAAAAAGAAGCGAAAACGUUGCGGCAUGUGCCCACCUUGCAGACGGCGGAUUAACUGCGAGCAAUGCAGCAGCUGCCGGAAUCGCAAAACAGGCCACCAGAUCUGCAAGUUUCGCAAAUGUGAGGAACUGAAGAAGAAGCCCUCAGCUGCUCUGGAGGUGAUGCUUCCUACAGGAGCGGCGUUCCGGUGGUUCCAGUAGGACUCCUCCUCCACUCCCUACCCAAAGCUCUGCCAUCAAGUGCAAUGCCAACUCCUGGAUUGUCUCCGGAACAGACACUGGCUAAUAAACAAACAAGCAACAAAAAAAAUUAUAGGAAAAAAAAAAACAACAAAAAAACAAAACAGAACAACAACGACAAAAAAAUCAAUCGGGUAAUGGAUGCACCUACUUAUUCCUUGAACCAAAAAUGAAGCGUAAA